UGGUCUAUCAAUACAUUUUACGCCUUUUGCUGUGUGAUCACAUUCAUUAGUUUUCACCUAAUUAAUAUUACAGUAUGACCAGCCAUCUUUCUUGUCUUACUCUAUCAUGUGUUUUUUAUUUUAUUUUUUUGUACUUUUGUUUUUUACAGGAAUCAAUGAGACAACAGCUACUGCAGAGAGUCAGGGAUAGAGUUGCCUCUGUUGUAAACACCCAACCAAUUGACUUUGAGUACUUGAGUCAUGUUUGUUCUCAAGAGUUGCGUUUUGUUAGAGCUGGAGCAACUUAUAUUGACCUUCCAGACAAUGUGCUAGAGUGUCUUCAGCAGUUGUCUGAAGUUGUCAACUCUUUUCUUUCACAGAGGGUUGUUACUCCACAGUUUAAUAAUAUGGCUGUGGCUGAAUGGAAUGGGAAUGUAGGCAGGCCCCGGUUGAACAUAUCAAGUCAGACACUUCAGGAUCUGCUUGGUACAAAUUUACCACUAACAUCUUUGACUCGCUAUUGUGAGGUUUCUAGGUCCACAAUCUACAAGCGUGUGAAAGAACAUGGCUUCUCUGUGAGAAAAUGUUAUUCUGACAUACCGGACGAUGUGUUGGAUCAGAAAGUUAGGUCUAUAAAAGCCAGAAUGCCUCAUGCAGGGUACAGACUGGUAAAAGGAUCUCUCCAAGCUAUGGGACAUCGCAUCCCUUGGAACAGAGUGAAGUUGUCGUUGCAGCGUGUGGAUGGGGCUGGAAUAAUAUCCAGGAUGAUCCAGCUGUCUUGCAUUGCAAGGAGGACAUACUGCGUUCCUGCGCCUUUGUCUGUUGUCCAUGUUGAUACAAAUCACAAGUUGAUAAGGUACAACUUUGUGAUUUUUGGCAUUUGGAUUUUUCCUGGAUGGAGUUCAGAAACACG